UUGCAGUUUUUACAACUAAUUGAAAUUGUGAUUAUAACGGAUUUCGAGGGCGUAGAGUGCAGCUGUCAACUUGUGUUUUUACUUGGAAUACUAAACUAUUGACAGUUACUAAUGUUCAGAGAGAGCUGAAGCUGAGAACGCACAGGAACUUAAGAUGGGAGGCAGAAGAUAAUACAAGCCACUGUAUGCAGAUGUGAUCUAUGAGGCAACACUAUGUCACAUAGCAGUGGUGGGGCACUAGGUGGGUACCAUGGCAGGUCAUCCACGGCAACACCUGCAGAAACCACCCUUCCUUCAUCAGCUGAACAAUCUGCCACCCUACUGUCCACCUUUACAAAAGAUGGCACCCCACCUUGUUCAGUAUCAAAAGAUCACACCCUGCCAUCACACACAAAAAGCAAUACCAUACCUUCAUCUGGAGAGAAAACUGGACGUUUUCCAAUGUCAAAAACAGAUAAUACUCAUCAAAUGUCUUGCCAAAAUGUUCCUGGCCAGUCAAAUGCUUGUGACACACUUUCUAGCACCAAUUUCUUAACAGGAAGUGAAAAUCACCUGUAUGUUAAACACAAAAUAGCUGACUCAUCAAAACACAAUCAAAAUAGUGGCACAAAACCCGACUGGGUAGAGGGAAGUGGUUGUUCUCAAAAGGUUGAAGUUGGGGUCGAUAGUGGUAAGAAAGACUACAAGCCAGAGAGUGGAACAGCAACAACAGACAGAGGUGUGGAAAAGUUAGCACCAUCUGAACUGGAGCUUCUGGCCAAAAUGGAAGAGGCAAACAGGCAGAUAGGUUUGAGCCCCGCGUCUGUGAUCACUAGCAGCCCAACUGAGCUUGAAUUGCUGGCAAAGUUGGAUCAGGCAAACAGAUUGCUUGAAGCUGACAGCCGUUCAUGUCUGAAGGGUCAAGGUCUCUCAAGGGCAAGCUCAACAACAGGGGCCGGGGGUCAUUCAAGAACGGGGUCAGGGACCAGCCAAGUGUCCUUGACCUCCCAGCCUGAGGAUAUAAAUAGUCAGUCACAGAGCAACCUAUGGGAAAUCUGGGGAAAACUUGUCAAUGACUGGGCAAGUGCCAAAAAGAAACCUGCUUUCAUUAAGCAACUUGUGCGCAAGGGGAUCCCGCACCCGUUCCGGGGUCUGGCCUGGCAGCUGCUGCUGGACGUGAACACAUCGCCCAUGAAGGAGCAGUAUGUGGAGUACCUGAAACAGAGGUCCCCCAGCGAGAAGAUGAUACGCCGAGACAUCGCACGCACCUUCCCCGAGCACGACUUCUUCAAGGAGAAGAACGGGCUUGGGCAGGAGAGCUUGUUCCAUGUCAUGAAGGCGUACUCGCUACAUGACCGUGAGGUUGGAUACUGCCAGGGAAGUGGCUUCAUUGUGGGUCUGCUCCUGAUGCAGAUGCCAGAGGAAGAGGCGUUUGCGGUGCUAGUCAAGCUGAUGCAGGAGUACAGACUGAGAGAGCUGUUCAAGCCAAGUAUGGCAGAGCUGGGUAUCUGCAUGUACAAGCUGGAGUGUCUCAUACAGGAGCUACUACCAGACCUAUACACACACUUCCAGACUCAGUGUUUUCACACCUCCAUGUACGCGUCACCGUGGUUUCUCACUUUGUUUGCUACUUCUGCGCCACUGUCUGUGGCUUGUAGGAUUAUGGAUCUAUUUAUUUCUGAGGGCAUGGAUGCAAUAUUCCGUCUGGGCAUAGCCAUACUGCAGUCUAGUCAACACGAGCUGCUGUCCAUGGACAUGGAGUGCAUGCUGCAGUACUUCCAGCGGGAGACCUCGGGCAAGUUUGAGCGUGACGAGGACACGCUCUUCAACAUGGCCUAUCAGGUCCGUCUCAGCCCUAAGAAGCUGAAAAGAUUAGAAAAAGAGUAUACAGCGUUGAAGAGCAAGGAAAGUGAAGAUCAAAUUGAGCUGAGGAGAUUACGAACUGAAAACAGACUUUUAAGACAAAGAAUCGACAACUUGGAAAAGGAGUCCGCGACGCUGGCCGACCGGCUGAUCCAAUAUCAACUGACACGUGCCCAGGAGGCAGAGGAAACGUACGCCCUAAAAAAUGAGCUCUCACUGACCAAACAGAAGUACGCGAACACACAGAAACAGCUGAAAGAGGCCGAGUCACUACUUGGCGACAUCAAAGAACGGACGGACAGUAUCCACUCAGCCUCGUCCCUGGAUGAUGGAGAGGCCCAGGUGGUGAUCCAGUCUCUACAGGAGGAGCUGAUCACUGUGCGACUGAGGGAGGCCGAGAACAUGACUGUCCUCAAGAACCUCCGCAACAAGAUACAGGAGCUGGAGCAGAUGAAUCAGCGCCUUCAGCAGGCGCCUAGCAAUGAUGUGCAGUGCCUGCAGGAGGAGUUGAUAGCCGUCAAACUGAGGGAGGCGGAGGCAAACCUGUCCCUGAAGGAGAUGAGACAGAAAAUAGGGGACCUGGACACCAGCUGGCAGCGCCACUUGUCAAGCUUGGAUUCAGGCUCUGCCGAUAGCAAAAACAGCAAGAGUGAGCUCAAAUCUGAGCUCAAGAGAGCCCAGGAAGAGCUGAUGACGACCAAGAUCAGAGAGGCCAGUGCCCUGUCCCACCAUAAAGACGCAAAACAGAAAAUCAUGGAGCUAGAAACAUCGAACCAGAUUUGCACCAAUCAGAUCCGCCGUAUGGAUGAGGAGAACAAGGGUUUGAAGUCUCAGCUGGCUGCCCAUCAGAAGCAGGUGGAGGAGGCUGACAAACAGACCAAGAAUCUGCUGAGGAAAAUGGACGACCUGGAGUCAAAGCACAAAGAAGAGCUGAUGAUGGCGCGUAUUCGGGAUGCAGAAAGUGACCAGACCAUUGGUGAACUCAAGCAGAGGAUUGCCCAGAUGGAGAUACAGCGGGAGGAGGUUCUGGCUGCUGACCAGCUUGAAUCCAAGGGAGGCAAGCAGGAGCUGGAGAACACCAUCUUUGAUCUUCAGGAGGAGGUCAUGCAGCUAAAAAUGUCUGCUAGUCCCAAAACUCCGAAUACCUCUGCUUCCUCUCACAACUCGAGCGUUUCCAGUAAACUUGCAAGCAACAUUUAUGACUUCAAUGACAACGAUGAUGAAGACGAUGAAGAUUUGGAAGACCCAGAGAGUCUGAACCGAACACUGUCAGAAAUCAUCGAGGGAAAGCGUAGUACUAAUAGUCUGAUAGCAAUUCUGAACCGAGAAAACUCUGACUGUGAUUCAGUUAGUAUACAGUCCAGUGGUUCUGAUAACUCCAGUCCUGGGAGUAAAUUAGUAAAGCAAUACUCAUUCAAGAGUGCAAAGUCUUCGCUCAGUGUAAACAAUGCAACAAACGAUGCAACAAACAUAACUUCUGGUGGCUGUGAUAAUGAGAACUCAAGGGACAGUACUCAGACUGAUGUUGUUAGUGCAAUAAACCAGUCUACAGGAAGUCAUGGGCUUUCACAGACUGGUCCUGAGGGUGUGGGUAGUGAGUCAAGAGAGAGUAGUGCAAUUGCGGUAAACCAGUCCAACAAUGACUCAGCAUUACAAAGCAAUAGGGAUUAUACCUCGUUAAUUGAUGCCAAUGACAAUGUUCAUAAAAAUGGUGCAAAAAUAGACACAAUUGAUGGCACGGGACAGAUGAGCAAAAAGACAGCAGUUUCUUAGUAGAAAUUGUACAAUUGAAGAUAUUAUGUUAUUUUUGUUGUUGUGUUGUUUAUUUAUUUGUAUACUAAAUAGGUUCGUAUUGUUUAUUUUCGAGCAAUGUCUUGUUCAACAAGAAUUAAAAAAAUAAAAUAUUUUAUAUAACUGAAUAUGACAUUUGAAGUUUUCCAUAAAAGCAUGAACUAUGAACAAAUAAUAGGUUUAGCAGGUUUUUAAACAAUCUAAAACAAGAUUUUGUAACACUUAAAGUAUUAUUGUACUCUCAUUUUACCCCUAAUGAAGAUGGUGUGAUGUAUUAUGGUAAUCUGAAAGUGUGGUUAAGUAAGUAAAUCUGUCAAUGAAAUGUUUUUCACUUUUUCAACAGUUUUAUCUCAAAUUCUAAGAAAAAUUGUGCUGGUAUAAUAUCACACUAAAUUAGUCUCAUCAUCCUCAAAUUCAAUAUACAUGUAGUAACUGGCUUACUGCCCAUUAUUAAUUUGAAAACAGUUCUUUCUGUAGAGUCCAUUAGCUUAUCUGUUGUUUGGACCUAGGAUUUCUAGUUUAAAGCUACAUCUGCUGAAUUACCUUGCUUUUCUAUUUUUAAUCAGAUUUCAUGUGGUAGUCUGCUAAAAAGGUUUUACUAAUGUGUUUUUUAUGGUAUUUGUUGUUAUUGGUGUUUUACAAUCAAAUUGUUUUAAAACAACCUUAGCGUUCUUGUGCACAUUUUACCAUUUAAUUUAAAGUUCAUAUUUGCGACAGUAGAAAUAAAUGAAUAACAACUCGAAACUGUUAACCAAAAUUGUGCCCUUUUUUUUUAUUUCUCAUUUACCAUUAUCAUAAAAUUUACAUUUUUAACCACCUUUUACUUACAAGCAUUGAAUAUGUUUGCAUUGUCAAUGAAUGUGAUAUGUUUUCCAUGUUAAAUCAGAUUCCAGUCACUUAAGUUAUGCAAACUGCAGUGGAUAUGUGAUUAUAAAUGUAUUUUGUUUGUAAAUAAGCUGUGCUCUAGGAAAUGCGGCUUUAUUCAGAUGCAUUAAAGGAAGUCCUGGAUAAGCCUGGGAAGUGUGCGCAGGCUAAUCAGUAAUAAUACCUUCUGCUUUUAUCGACUUUUUUGUUUCAAAUUCCUUCUAAACAUGUGUUUGAAAGAAUGCUCUUAUUAAUUAAAAUCCAGUCAAGGCGGAAAGUGUUGUCCCUGAUUAGCCUGUGAAGACUGCACAGGCUAAUCUGGGAAGACACUUUACACACAAGCAUUAAGCCUUGUUUUCCCAGAGAACGGCCCCUAUUAAUUUCCAGCUGUUUUUAUGCCCCCGGAUCGAAUGAUCAAGGGUUAUAUUGUUUUUGGCCUGUCUGUCUGUCUGUCUGUCAUUGUAAGUACGUGUCUGUCUGUCUGUCUCAAAGCUUUAACCUUGGUCAUAACUUUUUCAAUAUUGAAGAUAGCAACUUGAUAUUUGGCAUGCAUGUGUAUCUCAUGGAGCUGCACAUUUUGAGUGGUGAAAGGUCAAGGUCAUCCUUCAAGGUCAAAGGUCAAAUAUAUGGCUUCAAAGCUGGGCAGUAGGGGGGAUUGUGUUUCACCAAACACAGCUCUUGUUACAGCUUAGUUUUGUUUCCUCAAAUUCUCUUAAAGUUGUUCGCAAAUUGUCAAUGAAAAUUAAAGUAAUACACAAUAUAAAUUGUAGUCCAAUGUAUAUUGUAUAUUUUGUGAUCAGUACUAUUUUGUAAGGAUUUGUUGUCAUGUUGGAAUGCAAUAUAUACAAAUUAUGUCUGUUUCAAGACAACAAAGUUCAUCUCUUAAAUGACACUUAAUAUUAACAUGUGAUAAUAAUAUUGAUAUUGUUUAAAGCCAGUAUGUGCUUCUUCUCAAGUAAUGGCAUUCUGACUGGUUGUGCAAUGUUUUGGUGCAUACCUUUUUCAUUCUUACUGUUAUAUGGCCGAGUGAUUAAGUUGAAAACCUGGUACCACGAUGAUGAACAUUUUAAAAACCUAGUUUUUCUCUUGCUCAUAAAUAAAUAACCCUUGGUAAUCAAUCCAAAAAUGCUUCAAGCAUCUUGAUUGGUCAAUAACUUAGGUCCAUACUUUGUUCAAGAUUUAGUUCAAAAGUGUUCUUUUUGUAAAACACUUGGUAUUGAAAUACUAUUUUAUACGGUAAUGUCAACAAUAGUAGUGUUAAAGAUCCUUUUUUUAGAAACACAGCUCUAGAUUUAAUUCUUUUGUGUUAUUUUAAAUAUUGUACACAAGAUUUUCCCUUUGACUACAAUACAGCAAUUUUACCUUGAAUGUUUUUAUGAAAGUGUAAAGUAAGUUGUGCUCUCGGGAAAAAAAAGUGAUUAAUGCAUAAUGCAUGUGCUUAAAGGGUCAAAAAGAUUCGCCUGUUCAGUCAGCGCAGGCUUAUCAGGGAUGGCAAUUUCAGCUUUUACGUAAAAAAAAUUCAAAAGAAGUCUGUUCCAAACCAAAAUCCAUUCUGGGCAGAGAGAGUCAUCCCUGAUUAGCCUGUGCUGACUGCACAGGCUAAUCCAGGCCAACACUUCACUCACAUGCAUUAAGCCCCGUUUUCCCAGAGUGAUGCUAUAUGCAAAGUGUUUGGCUUUGAAAUGCUCAGAAACUGGUUAAGCAAAGGUACUAGUAUGUAGUUGUUAUCACUCAGUCUUGAUUCUACGAUAAGGGCGCCUUAGGUUGUCUUCCAAACUGUUGUUAUGUGUCUUAAAUAAAUAAAUAUUAUAUUGCCAAUUUGUAUGUAUGUGCCAGCCUGAGGAUUUAAAACUGAUUAUUGAAACCAAUAGUAUUUUUAAUCCUUUUAUGUACCGUGCUUCUUAGAAGUUAAAACAUUUGUUGAACAUGUUUAUCAAAUCUGUAAUGAGACUGAAAGUGUUUUUCAAUAACCAAAAUUAAAAACAAAUUGUAAUUUGUGUUAAGCAUAUUUUUGUUUGUUCUCUAGAAUUUCGUCAUAAAAUUAUUCUUAAUUUGAUUAGAAGACCUGUACAACGAACACGUGAUGAUCCAAAUUACAGUAUUGUGUGUCAAAAUUGUGCUAUUGUUUAUGAAAAGCAGAUUACACUAUGAUCCAUUGGUCUUGGCAAAAGUAAUAUAAUGGUAUAGUGCAAUACAUCUUAUUUUACAAAUAAAUGCAAUCUGGUAUGUCAGUGUCAAACAAUACGCAUAUAUGUAUGAAUGGAUUAUCUGUUGAAAAUAAUACUUGCAAGUCAAGAAUGUUUGCAUGAUUGUGUUUUUAUUAUGUUGGUAGUGAAUAUUUCAAUUGUUAAAUUAUGUUUGUAAAGGCUAUGAAUAUUUUCAACAUUUGCAAUCAAAUGGGCUUAAUAAACCAUUGAAAAAAAUCUGUGUGACCUAAAAUACUUUGGAUGCAUAUUAUUUUGCAAAGAAAUAAUUUGAAAAAUCAUUAUCUAGUUAUCAAUACUAGUUAUCAACAUCCUGGGGUUUAAAGUUUGUUUUUUUAAAGCUUGAGAUAUUUCAACACAACAAGAUACAAUAAACAACUAUCGUAAUGGUUUUCCAAUUCAUGACCAUAUUAUUUAUGAUUAAGUCUGUAAUGCACAAAUUUGCAAGGCAUUGCAAACAUUUACAAUUUAUCCAUUGAUAAUCUUAAAAUGACCUUCAAAUAUUAAUGAAUUUUAAGAAUUUCGGCUCAAGUGGUUAAGGUGAGAUGUCUUGCUGGGCGUAAACUUUAAGCUCUUUACCACUCUAGGGAUCACAUUUUCAUCCAAUUUGUAUGAAAAUUGUUCAGCAUCUUUAUUUGGACAAUGUCUAGGUCAAGUUUGAAUCUGGGUCAUGUGCAUUCAGAAACAAGGUCAAUGGUUCAAAUCUUUAAAAAAACAACUUGAAACACUCUUGAAAAAAACAUUUAUGACUCUGUCUUGAUGAAAAUUUGUCAGAACUUUUAUCUUGAAAUUAUGAACCUGGAUCAAGUGGGGUCAAAAACAAGAUCACAAUUUCAAGUCUGCAACAAUUGGUAUCCUUGAACUCAGACAGCACUUAACCCUUUCCCACUAAGAAACGCAUUUUGACGCAUUUGUAGUCCCUUAGAAAGUUGAAUUUAAUUCAAGACCUUUCUUACUAUAUUUCAGUUUUAAUUGUUUCAUUUCCAGCCCUUAGAUACUGAUGAGCAGCAAACGGCAUAAAACCUGAACAGACUGUGAGUUACUCGCAGGCUGUUCUGAUUUUAUGCUGUUUUCACAUAGACAUUUUCACUGUGCCUCUGAGUGGGAAAGGGUUAAGUACCAUCAUGGUUCUCUUGUUUCUUGUUUAUUAAUACUCUGUUGUUUGUAAACCGAAUCCUUCAGUGCCAAACUGAACCAACAGAAAAUGCUUAUUUUCUCUCAAAGUUGUAUAAUUUUCUUAUAAAAAAUAUAUAUUUAUGUUAUAAUAUGUGUUUACUGAUUAUAGAAAUAAAAAUGCACCAUAC